AUGUCUAGUGAGACAGUAGAAAUUGAUUAUACCACCAGCGAUAUUGUUACAAUUCCAGAUCAUGUAGAUAAAAAUGCAGUUAAAUAUAUUAAUGUUCACAAGGAAUUCAAAAAGGUACCUUUUGGAGCAUUUGCAAACAUGCCAAACCUACUUAAUGUUGCACUUCCUAAUAGUAUGGAAGGGUUUGAUGAUAAUAUCUUUAUAUCAUCUGAAACAGCAAUGCCACGCUUCUAUAUUCCGCCUAAAGUUAAUAAAUUACACGUAGAAAAUUCAUUUGAUUUUGCUUGUCUUGAAAGCUUUGAUGUUGACCCUAGAAAUCCCUCUUUUACUUCUGAAAAUGGUGUUUUGUAUUCAAGAGAUAAGAAAACAUUGAUUUCAUUCCCUCUUUGUCGUAAAGUUUCCUCGUUCACAGUGCCAGAUUCUGUAGAAAAUCUGUAUUUUGCAGCAUUUAACAGAGCUAGAUAUCUCGAAAGAAUUGUUUUCCCUACUUCAAUAACUAAUAUGAGUAAUGAAUUCUGCUUCGGUAAUGGAGAUGUUUUGAAGCAAAUUUUGGUUUAUAGAAACACUAAUCAAAAGAAGCCUUACAUUGGAAAUUCAUUUGAGGAGACUACUUUCCAGAAAGAGGAUAUAGUUUAUAUUUAUCCAUCUAAAGUUAAAAAGCCAAAUGAAGUAUUUUCAUUCAGUUUUAAUAUUAUCUUGGCUUGUUUAGAAUUGUCGAACGAUUUUUCACAAAAUUACACUAGAUUGUCUUAUCAAAGCUUAGGAAUAAUAUAA